AUGGUGCUGCCACCAGCAACUCCCGCUCCUUCCCGUUUCUUGUCUUCUAAGAAGCCAAGCACACAGCAAUGUGAAAAUCAGACACCAAAUCAAAAUUAUCCACGCGGGUCAAGCCAAUUCUUUGUCACCCCGCGUUUUGCGACUGCUACACCGAGGCCAUCCGCAACGCAGGCUACGGCGGCUUUCGCAACCCCCGCGCUGGCCAUCAAGUCCAGAGCGCCUAGGAACCGCUCGACGCAGGACAUAAUCGAUGACAGCUCGCCUGUUUCCCCCAAAUAUGGAUCACCGUCUUCGUCACCCAAUGGCCAUGCCACGCUCCCCGAGCCCAUCGAGUUUGACUCGUCACUUGUCCCCCAAUCGCCCUCCCCUGGAGAGCUCACAGAGGGACGCUCCCCCAAACGCAGGCGAAUAUCAAUAGCAUCAUCCGGGACUGAAGCAGACCUGGUAGUAAACUCUCAAAGAUCGCAAGACAGCGACCUCGAGAUCCUCUACGAUGCACCGGGUGACCAUAUUGUGUCGUACUACUCGGAUGUCGAGGAUGAUGAGGGUGACAAGGACCCGGUCAUCUCAUCCACCCAAUCCAUUACCUCCUCACCAACCCACAGCCAAUUCCCGGCAGUUGAAACAGACGAAGCAUCCGAGCUAGACGGCUCAGGGAGUGAACCCGACAGGGGAGCAACCGACCAGAAAGCCACGCCCAAACCCACCACCGGCACCAAGGACGCACUUCCGCGCACAGCGCCGCGUUUUAAGCUCACCGAACCCCCAGAUAGACUACCCUCUCAGCCAGAGGUCUACCUGGCAGCGGAUCUCUUUUCCCCACAGCGGCGCGGCACGAAGUAUCUCCCCGGCGGGCUGGCUGCGGAGCUACGGGAUUGGCUGGUGGACGUCAAAGGCGAGCUUGACAGAAGGGGAGAGGUGAAGGCCACGUCUUCUACUUUACGGUCCACGGCAGCUGCCGGCGGUGGCUGUGAUGGCGUGGUGAGGCUUGUGGUCGAGGAUGUUUCCCGUGGGGGGCCGGGAAUGACUUUGGUAUCCGGGAAGGUCCUGGAUGGAGAGUGUGCGAGAGGCCCGGACGGCAGAGUGAGAGUGAUCCUGGCUGGUGGAGGCAACAUCGAGGGUUUGGGAGGGGGCAAAGGCGGAGGGAACCCGAGGAAGGUUGCGCCUGGAGCGGUGGUGGCUGUUGGCCCCCCUGCGUGGGAUGUUGAACUCGGCGGGCAGUGGGCGGUUGCGUGCCGCUGGGAGGUGGUAGAUGGAGAGGGGGGAGAUGUGGGAUGAUAAUUGCGAGAAACGGAGGAAGGGGGGAGUCCAGCAUCAAAAGACAAGAUAUUUGAUGAAGGGUGCCACUUGGUUGGACUCAGUGUAUGGUAUGGCCCUCGCAGUUGGCACGCCACCACCAGGGUUGAGCGAGAGUCGACUUGUAGGGUCCUUGUGUUGACCCUGCGAUGAAGCAUGGGAGUGCUGAGAAAAGUGGGACCAGCGGCGGGUCUUGGCAGCGACUUUCAUUCUCAGACUCGUCACAUACACACAGAGAGUACUUGCAUUCCAAGCACCACAACACUCCAAAUAUGCCGGACGAACAUCUCCCGGAUGAGUCAGGUUUGGGUGUGACUGACCGACAGAUGAGAACAUCACUGGUCUAGGGCACUAGAUGGUUUG